UCAACUUUUCUUUAAGUAUGGAGGAAUAUAGUUUGUGAAAUAAAAGUAAUUGGCAUAAAAUGAACUGGGAAUAACAAGUGCUUUUAAGAAUGGAGACUGUAUCAUCUACACAAAAUACAACAGACGCACAUAUACUGCUUAACAAAUCACUUGUAGCAGCAGUUAAGCAGGGACAACUGCAAGACGUUAAACUUUAUAUAAGCAAAGGUGCGAAUGUUAACUAUAAGGAUGACAUGAAUAUGUCAGUAUUAGAACAUGCUUUAAUUCAUUUGAAAUCACCGGAUCAAGAAGACAUAUUCAGAGAACUUUUAGAACAAGGGGCAAAUUUCAACAACAAAACAAGAUGUGGUCAAACAGAUUUUAUGUUUCUUGUGUACAGCGGAGUUGUAUCGUACGAGUUUAUCGCAACAAUGCUAGAUCAAGUGGACGAUAUCCACGAAAGGAACUUAACCACCGGGGGCACAUUCCUUCAUCUGGUGACCAAACGACAGGGCGAUAAAUACGGUAGAAUAGUUCUGAUGAAAAAGUUGUUGAACAUGGGACUUGCUGUAAAUUCUAGAGACAAUAACGAUGAUACACCGCUUCACUUAAUUGCUGGAAUCGCCUGCCAUGAUUCUUUGGCGUUCCUGUUCGACAAUGGAUCAGAUCCAAAGACUACGAACAGACAUUGUGAAACUGUCCUUCACUACUUAUCAAGCAGUAAUGAAAUGGAUGGCUUUUCUGAUUGUCUUAAGUUAAUCCUCCAUCAUGGCAUCUCUAUCAAUUCCGUUGACAAAAAACGGCAAACUGCCCUGCACCACGCGCUGCAAGCCCAGGAAACUACGAGAGCAGGUCUCGAUGAGCUGAUCAGACAUGGAAUACAGACAAACAUGAAAGAUACACUUGGUAGGAAUGAAGUAUACCAUGCAGUUAACAGCAUUGAUCACAACUAUUGUGACGAGCAGUUAGAUGAACGGGAAGAAAUCAUAAAACUUCUGGCUGAUUUUGGUGUUGAUGUAAAUGAAGGUGACGUGAAUGGUGUGACUCCUCUACAUAUCUCUGUUUCCACGGUGUACAGCAGUAUGCUGAGUGUUAUUGGAUGUCUGUUGUACACUGUGGGUGCCAAUCCAGAAGCAAGGACCAGGUCAGGGGCAACCCCACUCCACUGGGCAUGUAGGUCGUUCAACCAAACCUUCAUACUCGUCCACUGGUACGAGAAACAUGGUUUAGAUGUAAAUGUUGUGGACGAUUUCGGGUCUUCUGCGCUGCACUGGGCCGUCUGGUUCAGAGAAAUAUCAGUAGCCAGGCUACUUUUACAACGUGGAAUCGACCCGUCUUUAAAAGACAAAGGGGGCGGAACUGCAGCAGAUUUAGCUAAGAAAGUACAUUUAGACUCAUUCAUUGAAUUGCUUGGAAAUUACAAGAGCCCUCAAUACAACGGUUUAGAUGAAAACAUAUCGGAUUGUUCUGAAAGGGAUUCAAUGUUUGCCUGUAAGCAACUCAGGUAUAUUCGAAAAGUGGAUGGAAAAUUAGCAGAUGCGGAAUAUAUUGAACAUGUAGAACUUCACAAGAUUGAGUUGAAGAGCGCAGUUGAUACAAUUGUGUUAUCAACCAACAUGGGCUUGUAUCACGAAAUAGAAGAAAAUGUUAUUGUUGCUAGUCUUGUUAAAAACUUGAUGCGCAUGGUACAGCAGAAAAUUUCUACAUCGAAUCCCUUGUUCCGGUGUAAGAUACAACUUGCUGGGAGCAACUUCGAGGGAACGAAGGUCAACCUUCCUGACGAGUUUGACUACAAAUGGAAAUUUGAAGAAUUCGGUAAGGCGUUUGAACCGAUGGAGUCAGAUAGUUUUCCCGGUGGCUUUAUCAAAUUGAGGAUCAAAAGUUUUGAACUUAUGCCAAAGUUUGCUCGGUAUGUUAAUACGGCUGGUGAGUUAGACUGUAAGCUGCUGUUGACAGAUUUUUAUACUCUAGUAAAUAAAGAACUAGAUGCAGUAUUGUCCAACAAUAGCGAUAUAUUUGACCACUUUAUUUGUGACAAACACCUGAAUGAAAUUUCGUACUCGAUCGAUAACCUUUCGUUCACAUAUUACGGUCGGCAAGCCAAGUGUUUACCUAUAUCUGUGGACGUGGUUCCGACGAUAGAUCUUAGAGACUGGAAGCCCGAUGGUUUCAGAGAAAAGGAUCGAAUUCUCUUACAAACACUGGGUGACACUUGGGAGUGCUCCGUUGUGUUUAAAACACCAGACAGACUAUUCGUCAAGGACUUCACAUUAUAUUACAGACUUUCGUUUGCGUUUCUUGAACAGUCCAUUCUCAGUCGCAUUCCCUACUGUGUAAGGAAGGGCUACAUAAUCCUGAAAUCUCUAGCAGAGUCCAAGUAUUGCCCGAAGUGUGUUGACCAUGACAACCAGAAGCGAGUGACACAGUACAUCACAAGUUAUCAAAUGAAGACCGCCUUCCUGUUUGAGCUGGAAGCGGAACGGCUUGAAAAUAAACCAGAAAUUGACGAGGAGGCACUUUCAAGGGAAGAAUCUAAAAUAAUCGCAAUACAGUGGGCCUAUCGAAUAAUUGCGCACUUGGAGAAAAGGAUACAAAAUCAGUACAUGCCCUCCUACUUCGAUCCCAAAAGAAGUAUAUUUGGAUUUGCUGGUUGGCCGGAUGGAAUGGUAGACUCUCUAGCACACGCUCAGCAGGCUGCGCUUAUGAGGCAAUUGCUAAACAUUUACAAAGAUGAGGACAGUGUGAUUUAUGAGAGACAUGUUUCGGAAAAAUAGUCAUAAACUGAGAAACUGAAAUAUGUGCAAUACUUUAAAAAGAUCUAACUGAAAUGUUUAAAUGUAAAACUAUCUUUACAAAGACAUAACUGAAAUGUUAAAAGUAGAACUAUCUUCACAAAGACCUUACUGAAAUGUUUAAAUGUAGAACUA